AUGUUGUAUAUGAGUUCACCUGGGGCCGAAUGCCGUGGCUACUGCCGGCUGAAAUCUUUCCUCUCCGCGGCCGCAGAAAAGGCAAGGCACUGGCCACUCCCAGCAAUUGGGUUUUCAAUUUUAUCAUCGGUAUGGUUUCACCAGACGCUUUCGCCGGCAUCCAUGGGUACAUUACGUUGCUAUUGCGGGAUUCUGCCUCUUCUCCGUCCCCUAGUACACUUCUGCCACGUCGAGACUUCGAACCACACCCUCGAAGAGAUUGCUGUAGCAUUUGGCGACAAAGCAUUUGAUAAUGAUGAGGAUGUCAUGGAAGCUGCCGAUGCAAAGAACGAAUCGUGA